GCGUCGCCGGUCAGGCAGUUGGCGUCGCGACAUCAUACGAAUCGUCGUUUGCCGCUGCUGGGCGAACCCUGAAUUCGCGUCGCUUUUCGCGCCGUACAAAUUUGUGUGCUGUUGUGCCAGUAGCGAUCUUUUUGAUUUCCGGCGUUCGACUUAACUCUACUAGAUUUUAUAUAUGAGUGACCCUCUGAGUGUACUAAGUAAUUAUGAUUGAAGGCUAUUUAUAAAAGACAGAUAAAAUAUUUUUUUUUGCACUCUGGAAGCAUACAUUUGGUAAAUACAGAGAUAAAUAAAUUUGGAGGCAUACAUAAAGGUAUGUUGUUUAGCUCCUAAACUUCAAUAAAAUUGUGACGAGCAAUUUGUUUAUGUAGGUUUUCCAGCAAUGAUGCCAUAGCCAGUAUAUUACUCACCUCGAAUACCAAUAGGAAAAAAUAAAGAUGAACAUGCAGUCCACGCCAAUGCUCCAGAGUCCCCAGAGCUCUGAGUCGACUCCACCGCGCCGUGAUUGGAAACAAAGACUAAGCCUAAGGGACCGAAAACGAGAUGCGGAAAACUCGACGAUAAAAAGAGGCAUUGGUCGACGAUGGACUAGUUUAAAACAACCGCCAAAAUUUUUUUCAGAAUCCUCAAAUGAGAGUGGUACCGGGACAACAACUCCAUUUUCAACGCCUACAUCAACGGCCAAUACAAGUCCGUUUUCAGGGGGAGGAGGAGGAGUAUAUUCUGAGAGAAUGGGAAGCGAAAAAGCUAGGAAAAGUAACUGGCAAGUGAUAGAGCAUUUCGGCUCAAAAGAUAAAGGAAGCUUAUCGUCAAGUCUUAUUGCGGUUGGCAGCAUCACGCGGUCGUCACCCCAUAGGGAAAAUGGGGGGUCGGCGCCGAUUUCCCCCGAUCCCGAAAGUAGUCGAGAGGUCGAGGCCGAACUGCUGGUCUCGUCGGCGUCAAAGGAAAUGCCGGGUUUCUUUAGAAAACUUGUUCGACUUCUUCAGAAACUCUGCAGUACUCACCAGUUUAAAAAUGAACAAGUAGAGAUGUUAUACCAAAGAUAUUUUCUGAAAAUGAACCAAAGCAACAUGACAAAUCUGAUAUCACUUCUCCUUUUACUUUGUAUUGGUUUUUUACUUCUGGCUGCUGCGGAUUUUAUGAUGUUACCCAGGCACGAGAAAUUCCACUCUAUAAAUGAAGACUCAACCCAACUAAAUUAUUUAGUAGUACUUAUGUGCACAUCGGCUUGUUGUAUUGCAAUUUAUGGCGUUCUACUCAGUGUGGUUUCAAAACCGACAAUGAAUGAAGUUUACCUGAUUAUAAUCUCCUAUUUUAUAUUAAUAACAUUUUUAACUUUACAGAUCUGUUUAUCCAUUUUUUUCGGAAAGGGUCGUCCACUGAUUGCUACAGUCUUUGCUGUUAUUUCGACAUACUUAACAUAUGCUUUGAUGCCAAACCGAUUAAAGGAUGCUGUACUCUCUGGAACGAUAUUAGCUAUAACUGAACUGCUCUUGUUGGUUUAUGUUGGAUAUUUAAAGGAUUGUCCCAAUAUAAUUAGUAACUUUAUUAUACUGCUUUGUACGAACAUGGCUGGAAUUUGCACCCAUUAUCCACGCGAAGUAGCACAAAGAAAAGCCUUUUUAGAGACUAGACAAUGCAUCGAAGCUCGCCUAAAAAUUCAACGAGAAAAUCAGCAACAGGAACGUUUAUUACUUUCGGUGUUGCCCAGACAUGUAGCGAUGGAAAUGAAAGCUGAUAUAGCAGGCCAGCCCAGAGAAGAACAGUUCCAUAAAAUUUAUAUUCAGAGGCAUGAAAAUGUUAGUAUCCUAUUCGCUGAUAUUUGUGGGUUCACGACCUUGUCAGACCAGUGCACCGCAGAGGAGCUGGUCCGCAUCCUCAACGAGCUAUUUGCUAGAUUUGACAAACUAGCUGCCGAACAUCAUUGUCUCAGAAUUAAACUGUUGGGAGAUUGUUACUAUUGCGUUUCCGGAUUACCUGAGCCAAGACCUGAACAUGCGCAGUGUACUGUGGAAAUGGGUUUAGACAUGAUAGAUGCCAUAGCGCUAGUCCGAGGAGUCAUGAAUGUCAACGUCAACAUGAGAGUUGGGAUACAUACUGGAAGGGUGCAUUGUGGAGUUUUAGGUUUGCGAAAAUGGCAAUUUGACGUUUGGUCCAAUGACGUCACUUUGGCGAACUAUAUGGAAAGUGGUGGAAUUCCCGGGAGGGUUCACAUAACCAAGGAGACCCUAAAAUGCUUAGGAAACGAUUAUGAGGUCGAGCCGGGAUACGGAGGUGAACGAAACGCUUACCUUAAAGACCACAACAUUGAUACAUUUUUAAUCGUCGCGCCCACAUAUAGAGGGGGAAGUACAACGUACCAAAGUCAUUCCCUUAAUGGAAAUAUUGCUAAAGAAAUGAGGAUUAUGGGUCAUGGACCCCAACAACAUUCCACAAAGCCAUUCAGUGACCCAGUAGAAAAACAAAAAAAUCCAGAAGAUGAAGUUAAUGAGUACCUGAUGAAGGCCAUAGAUGCUAGGAGCAUCGAUAGACUUCGAACGGAACAUUGCCGAACAUUACUAUUAAAUUUUAGAGAUCCUAAUAAAGAAAGAAAGUAUGCUUUAGAACGAGACCGGAUGCUGACCCUUUAUUUUAUCUGUUCAACAGUGUGCUUUGCUGCUAUUAUCUUAGUACAAAUUGCUAUUUUUAAAAGAAACGAUACUGCUUUGCUGUGUUCUGUUCCUGUAGUAUUAUUUUUAAUUAUUGUACCAAUGGUAGUUUAUAUGGACAACAUAAAUUUUAGGCAUUUUCAAAAAAAUUUGUUUACAUUGUCAAGACAAAUUCACAAAAAUCGGAAUAUUGCACAAAUCUUUUGUGUGCUUAUGGCUAUUUGUAUUUACAUAUUAGUGAUGUUAAAAGGGCUGUCCCUUUCAGAUGAGAUUCAAUGUUUAAACUCUACUUUAAUCGGGAACAACUGUACAAACGUCCUGUCGGGCACACCGACAAUCAAUGACAAUGAAAAUAGAGACUGCAAGCCUUAUUAUUUAGUUGACAACCUUUUGCUGUUGGUACUUGUAUCUAUGAUAGCUUGCGCUGUGUAUCAAAUACUCAUUUCCCUACUUAAGACAAUCAUUUUGUUGAGUGCUAUGGCAGGAUUUUUGGCAGCUUAUAUUACCUACUCAAAAGAAGCUGAUUUGGUAUACAAGACAGCUUGUGAAGAUAAGUUUCGCAUAGACGAUACUUUGACCCAACACUACAUGAACAUCGUGAUCCUGGCGGGAUUCGUGAUCGCUUUAAUUCUCCACGGACAACAGACUGAAGCAACGUACCGCCUGGAUUUUGUGUGGAAACUACAAGCGACAGAGGAAAAAGAAGAUAUGGAACAUCUGGAAGCCUACAAUAGAAAGUUAUUGGCAAAUAUUUUGCCGGUCCAUGUAGCCGAACAUUUUCUCAAUACGGAAAAGAGUAAUGACGAGCUGUACCAUGAACAGUGCGAUUUUGUAUGCGUAAUGUUUGCAUCAAUCCCAAAUUUCUCAGAGUUCUAUGUUGAACUUGAAGGAAACAACGAAGGCGUAGAAUGUCUACGACUAUUAAAUGAAAUAAUUGCAGAUUUUGAUGAAAUUUUAUCGGAAGAUCAAUUUAGAUAUAUUGAGAAAAUUAAGAGUACGGGAGCUACUUACAUGGCAGCAUCAGGUCUUACACAGGCCACCUGCGACAUGCAAGGUUACCGUCACGUAAUAGCGAUGGCAGAUUAUGCUUUAAGACUUAAAGAACAGCUCCAAGAAGUAAAUGAGCACUCGUUUAACAAUUUUCACAUUAGAGUAGGAAUAAAUGUGGGACCAGUAGUAGCAGGAGUGAUAGGAGCAAGGAAACCUCAAUACGAUAUAUGGGGAAAUGCAGUGAAUGUCGCUUCGAGGAUGGAUAGUACUGGGAUUAGUGAUAAAAUACAGGUAACUAAGGAAGUCUAUCAAAUCCUAAGUAAAAAAGGAUUUGAUCUCACCUGCCGGGGUACUAUAGAAGUUAAAGGCAAAGGAUCCAUGGAAACCUACUUCUUAGAAGGCAAAUCCAGCUACAACCCUCUUACAAAUAUCAUCGUCAACCCUUUAGCCAAUACCUCACCUUCCAAUAACGGCCCAUUAGGGACUAUAUGUGAAAAAAAUUAAAUGUUGCUUCAAUUUUUAUAUAGUACUUCGUACGUAAAGUGAAUUUACAUAAGACGCGAAUUUAAUGUAUAUAGGAUGUUAUUGCAUCAUAUAGACAAUCUAGGAGGUAUAUGUAUUUACUUUCUUGUCUAUAACCUGUCGUAGAUAAGUUUAUAAAUAUUUUUUAAUAAUCUAAAAUUCUAAUGCCAUUGUAGAUUUAAAAUAUUUAUAUACCCAUGAGUAUUUUAAUAGUUAAAUUCUGCUAUUAGAUAUAUGUAUGUAUCAAUUUAUCUGAUGAUAUUCAUAAGUACCUAUUUAGUUAUUUAAACAAACGUUGACCAAGUUGUCAUACUUAUUCCUGAGUGUAACUGAUUGCUGUGAUCAAAAAGUAAUUAAAUAUAACUCAAAUCAAAAGUGGUAGGGCAAUCUCUGCAAUGUCACAAAUAAGAAUAAUGUAAUCAUUGUAAUCACAACAUAAGAAUCACACGUACCUCCACUCUAUGUACUUUUUGCAUUUAGCAAGAAAUGACGGCUCUUCCAAUACAUACAUUGAUUUAUUUAUUAUUGUAGAUAGUAGAUUUAGGAUUUUUCUAACUAUAAUGCCUAAGAUUUCUAUAUUUUCUAAUUAUCACAAGAGGUUGUGAUAUCGUGAUCUUAAGGAUGUCAAAGGUCAUUUGUGGGCUUUUAAAAGUCUUUAUAACAGAAUAGUUAUUAGGAGAUAUUCUAAUUAUUUAUACAGAUAUUUUAAUUCGGAAAACAGAAUUAUCAAAUAAAUGAAAAAUAUGUCAAUAUAUUGAAAAAUAAAAUAUAUAAAUGUCGCAAAGCCGUUAUUUCUGUUAUAUGAAAAUACUCUUGUAUAUACUUUUUCUUAAAAUUUAUUUUUAUGUAUAGAUGGUUUUUAAUAAAAGUUAGGAUCUA